AUGGAGAUCACCAAUGUUAUGGAGUAUGAGACCAUUGCAAGGGAGAAACUAUCAAAGAUGGUUUAUGACUAUUAUGCCUCUGGCGCAGAAGAUCAAUGGACUCUUCAAGAGAAUCGAAAUGCUUUCUCUAGAAUACUGUUCCGGCCUCGUAUUCUAAUUGACGUUAGCAACAUUGAUACAACCACAACCACCUUGGGCUUCAAGAUCUCAAUGCCUAUCAUGGUCGCUCCAACAGCUAUGCAGAAAAUGGCUCACCCUGAAGGAGAGCUCGCGACAGCUAGAGCAGCAUCAGCUGCUGGCACCAUCAUGACAUUAUCCUCAUGGGGUACUUCCAGCGUUGAAGAAGUUGCCUCAACAGGACCUGGCGUUCGAUUUUUCCAACUUUAUGUUUACAAAGAUAGGAAUGUUGUCAAACAGCUUGUGAAAAGGGCAGAAAUGGCUGGUUUCAAGGCAAUUGCCCUUACAGUUGAUACCCCGAGACUGGGACGAAGAGAAGCUGAUAUCAAGAACAGAUUCACUUUGCCAUCCAACUUGACUUUGAAGAAUUUUGAGGGAUUGGAUCUUGGAAAGAUAGAUAGGACUGAUGACUCUGGACUUGCUUCAUAUGCUGCUGAACAAGUUGACCAAUCUCUUAGCUGGAAGGAUGUGAAGUGGCUCCAGACAAUCACUCGAUUGCCAAUUCUAGUAAAGGGUGUGCUAACUGCCGAAGAUGCAAGUCUAGCGGUACAAGCUGGAGCAGCUGGAGUUAUUGUGUCAAAUCACGGGGCUCGACAACUUGACUAUGUCCCUGCAACUAUAAUGUCAUUGGAAGAGGUUGUGAAAGCAGUACAGGGAAAAGUGCCUGUUUUUCUUGACGGUGGGGUUAGACGUGGAACAGAUGUUUUUAAAGCAUUGGCCCUUGGGGCAUCCGGUGUAUUUAUUGGAAGGCCAGUUGUGUUCGCAUUAGCCGCUGAUGGUGAGGCAGGUGUAAGGAAAGUACUUCAGAUGCUUCACGAUGAGCUUGAGCUGACCAUGGCUUUGAGCGGUUGUCGCUCCAUCAAGGAGAUCACCCGUGGCCAUAUAGGGACUCCGUGGGAUAACCCCCGUGUUGCACCUAGGCUGUAG